ACUUUCGGCGGCUUCUCGGUAAAACUUAUUCUGGGCACUUCGUUUUUUUCUUUCUUUCUCUUAUUUGUUAUUUUUUGUGCGAUGGAUUCAAUGUAAGAAAAUGGGAAAAGUGUUGGGUUAAUGAUUCAAAGAUGGGUACUUCGGAACUCGAAGUUGGCCAUGGAGUUCGGAGAAAUUCGACUCUUGUUUGCGUACCUAUAAUGGCAGAAUCAGUUGACGAGAUGCUCGAUCAAAUGCGGAAGGCAAAUGAAUUGGGUGCUGACCUUGUUGAGAUUCGGAUUGACUUCUUGAACAACUUCAGUCCAAGACAAGAUCUUGAAAUCUUAAUUAAGCAGUCUCCUCUGCCCGCUCUUAUUACUUAUAGACCAGUAUGGGAGGGUGGUCAGUAUAAAGGCGAUGAGAUCAAGCGGAGAGAAGCACUGCUUAUGGCCCUGGAAGUUGGGGCUGAUUAUAUUGACAUUGAACUUAAGGUAGCUCAUGAGUUCUUCAAUUUCAUUCAAGGGAAGAAGCCAGAGAAGGGAUUAAUAAUUGUUUCAUCACAUAACUAUGAAAAUACACCUUCUGUUGAGGAAAUUGGCGAUCUUGUAGCCAAAAUACAGGCAACUACGGCUGAUAUAGUGAAGAUUGCAACAACUGCUCAGGACAUCACUGACUCUGCGCGUAUAUUUCAAGUACUUGUUCAUUGUGAACUGCCCUUUAUAGGACUUGUUAUGAAAGAGAAGGGUUUGAUCUCACGCAUACUCAGUGCAAAAUUUGGUGGAUAUCUCACUUUUGGCUCACUGGAGGCUGGAGUGGUUUCAGCUCCUGGGCAACCAACUAUAAAAGAUUUAUUGGAUUUGUACAACUUCAGGCAAAUAGGGCCUGAUACCAAAGUGCAUGGUGUGAUUGGAAAUCCUAUUGGUCACAGCAAAAGUCCUCAUCUUUAUAAUGCGGCCUUCAAAUCUGUUGGAUUUAACGGAAUUUAUAUUCCUUUGUUGGUUGAUAGCGUCGAAAAUUUUCUUAACACCUACUCUUCUCCUGAUUUCGUUGGAUACAGUUACACAAUUCCCCACAAAGAGAAUGGGCUUAAAUGUUGUGAUGAAGUUGAUCCAGUUGCCAAGGCAAUAGGAGCUAUUAGUUGCAUGAUCAGAAGACCGACUGAUGGGAACUUGAUUGGCUAUAAUGUAGAUUAUCUUGGAGCAAUUGCAGCUAUUGAGGAUGGACUAAGAGAAUUAAAAAGCACAAAUGGCUUAUCUGGUUCUCCCUUAGCCGGUAAGCUGUUUGUGGUCAUAGGAGCUGGUGGUGCUGGAAAGGCACUUGCUUAUGGUGGAAAAGAAAAGGGAGCAAGAGUUGUAAUUGCCAAUCGCACAUACGACAAAGCCAAAAAACUUGCAAGUAAAGUUGGAGGUGAAGCUAUCACCCUUGCAGAAUUAGAAAAUUUUCAUCCAGAAGACGACAUGAUUCUUGCGAACGCCACAUCUGUUGGAAUGAAACCAAUGAUUGAUGACACUCUCAUACCAAAGAAAGCUUUAAAACACUACUCUUUGGUAUUUGAUGCCAUUUACACUCCAAAAUUGACAAGACUCUUAAGAGAAGCACAAGAGUCUGGAGCUGCUGUUGUCUAUGGGACAGAAAUGUUCAUUAAUCAAGCAUUUGUACAGUUUGAAAAAUUUACUGGCUUUCCUGCACCAAAGCAACUGAUGUGGGAUGUCUUGGCAAGAAACACAUAAGGAUUUUAUUUAUUUAUGUUGCAAAAUCCAAGUUCAGGAUUCUUAUUAUUGUAGGUUUCUUAAUUUUAAAAAAAAAUAAAAAUCACUGUUGUCGAAAGGUGUAUUGUAUUAUAAGUACCCCAUUUAGUUCAAUAGAUAAAAUUUAUUUAAACCUUAAUCAAAUCUAGAAUUGAAUUUGAGGUAUUUUUCCCCCUUCUUUUUUCUAAAAAUUAUAAAAUAAUGGU